AUCCGCAUCUACAGCACCACGCCCUGCUCUGGUUGGCGCAGCCGCGUAGAUGAGAUCUGCGCGUGGCUGAAGGACCAUGAGAGGCAGGUGGACGCCUUUGCCGUCUUAGACGACUCGGAUCUCUCUGGCGGCGGCCUUCUCGAAGGGCAUGUUGUCUACACGGAUCCGGCCGUGGGCCUUACUGCCGACAAAGUAGCGGCAGCACUGGUCGCCUUCCGCCAAGGGCCUCCCGCGCCAGUCGUCGCGCGCUGGGAGGAGCAGACCGCCAAAAGGAUUCCAAAGGAUUCGAAACAGGGGAAAGCCUUAUAA